AUGUUGCGAUUUUCUGGAGCGUGUCGAGCGAACAUCGACGAAAUUGCUAACCACUGUUGGCUAAAUUAUGAUAAAAAUAUGCCUGCUAUCCAGGAUCUUCCCGAAAACAAGAUUGUCGAUCGCAUGCUUUUGGCUGAACAGGCGAAAGCAUUGCCAGUGCAUAAUCUCACCAGUGAAUUUGAUACAUUCCUUGAGCUAAAUCAAUUGAAUGUCUCCGAUAGGUGCAACAUGUAA